AUAUUUAAAAAUCAUUGAAAAAUUAAUUUAAUUAUAAUGCAAACAAAAUAUAAGUUGUUCGGAUAUGACGAACAUUAAUAAUUUUACAAAAGUCAUAGAAGAUUCCGCUGGCGAAAAAAAAGUUGUUUUGGAUAUAAAAAGUGGUGCAGUUCAAAUAUUCCGUCCAUUGGAGAAGCAAGAAAAGUAUUUUGAAGUGCAAAAGAAAAAAAGUAGAAAGAAGAUGCCACACACAAAUAUUGCAAAAUUAAUAUAUGCUGCUCCGACUCCUAAAAACACUCCAACAAAAACAAAAACUAAAACAAAUUACCAUAAUAUGAAAAGUUCUAGGAAGCUAUUUAAAGAAAAAAAUGUGGGUGACUGUAAAAUGUCAACAAGUCGAUCAAAUUCUGCUAUUAAUAAAAUUGUGGAGAACAAACAAAUUGUAGAUACAAAACCAAAUCUUGACAAUAAUUCUGUAGAAUGCGUUAAGAAUGUGAAGGAUGCCGAACCUUUAGAAUCCCAAUUUUUUGCACAAAAAGUCGAAAGGAAUGAAACAAAUAAAAACAAUUUCGUUGAGAAAAUCAUCCAGGAUGAAAAUUUCAAUAAACAACAAAAAAAUCCAAUAUUGGAAAAAAUGGAAACAAUUGCAAAUCAAACUAAACCUGAAAUAUUUCAUGAAAAACAGCUCGUGGAAAACUCAUUGAAAAGUAAUAAAAUGGCAAAUAUUACAAAUGAAAUUCAAAAUGGCAAUGAAAUAACAAAAGAUAAUAUUGGUGUUGAAAUUUCUCCAAAAAAAUCAUUGAGUACAUUUCGGGUUCCUAAAUUAACAAAUAAACCAAAAGAGAACAAUCCACAGAAUAAAAAGAAGUUCUACAACCCUGAAGAAGCAAAACAAUUUAUUAAAAAUCAAAGAGAUAAGUGGAAGGCAGAAGAAAAAGCGACAAUAUUAAAUAAAGAAAAAAUCGAUAAAGAAGAAAUAAAACGACGGUUGGAUGAACUUCAUAAAAAUACUUUAAAAAUUUUAAAAACAAAUUUAAAGAAGGGUAAAAAGCGUAGUGCUCCUAAAUCAAAACAAAAUUCCGGAAAGUGCAGUAGUCCUAUUAAAACUAGAAAGUUCAAUGAAACCGAAAAGGGGUGUAUUUCAAAUUUUUUAACAGCCAGAUCUGAUAGAUCCACGAUUUCAAAGAAAUCGGAUAACGCAAAAAUGUUAGAUGCUAAAAAAUGGAAAUAUUUUUCAAAAGCUGAUAUUAAAUUAAAUGAAAUUGAUUCACAAAACAGAAUUGGAUUGCUCAGAAAAGCUGAUAGUAGCGAAAUUUCAUUCACCAAUAUUAAAGACUACGACAUAGCAAAAGAAAAUGAAAAAUUAGAAUCUUUGAUCAAUUCUAAAUUGAAUUUAAAAUCAGAUUGCUUAGUUCCAUACAAUGAAAACGAUAAAAUCGUCCCUCAAGGUGAAAUAUUAGAUUUAAAAUUUGAUACAUUGACAAAACAGCAAACUGAACAUAAUAAUCUGCUUCAAAAGGAAAAUCAGAUCACAUGUAACGAAAACUUGUUGGAAAUAACUGAUAUUAGGAAAAAUAACUCAAAUAUUGCAGAUAAAGAUUUAAAGGAUAUCGAAAUUCAAACUUCACUUCAGGUACCAAACGUUAAACUUGAAUCUAGAUUUUUAAGAAGCAAAUCAGUUCAUGUACAAGUGCCGCAUGAAAACAAUAAAGAGAAUAUAUCCGUUGACAAAACUGUAAAUAAAUCGGAUGAAAUUCCGUAUUGGUUAAAACCAACGGCUGUUGAAAUUUAUCCAUAUAAUUUUAUUACAGCUGUUCGGAAGAAAUUGGAAGCUUUAACCAAUCCAGUAAUUCAACGACCUCAAACUCAUCAAAGAAAAAAUAAAAACCUUUAUAAAACUAGAAAAUCGAAUGUUUAUCAAGAUACACCACUCUCUCAUUUAAAACACGAUAAAAAUAAUGUGCGUAGGCGUAUCAUAAAUAACAAUUCAAGUUCCUCAAAUACCAAACACUCUUAUUCACAAGGUUUUAGUGUAAAUGGUUUAAAUGAGGAAAACGGUCUAAAUUCAAAUAAUGAAAAAUCCAAUAGUUUUUCGGAAAUAGUGUCCAAUUUUAGUUCCAUAUCCCUGCAUGUUCCGGAAUCCAAUACAAUAUCGGACAUGAGUUCUCUUAAAAGUGAUGUUGCAUCAAAAGCAGAAGAUAAACAAUUUCUUAGUAGUACUAAAAAUGAUAAUAUCUCUAAUAAGGAUUUCAGUGCGAAUGAUGAUACAACAAUUUCUUCUUCGGUAUUUUCUAGUCCGGAGAAAAAAAUUAAUUUUAUUGAAGUAAAACAGCCAAAAGAAGCUGAAAAUAUUUUAUCAGAGAAAACGAAUUCAAUAAGUCCAUUAUCUCUGGAAAAUAUAACUAACCUACAAGUAAAAUCCAAAAGAUCAGAAAUUAAAAAAGUAAUAGAUGAGGACUUGUCGAUUCCGAAUUUAAAUUUGAAAUUAAAUCUUAAAGGAAAGUCUGAGCAAAGUAAUGACAUUAAAAGCUCUAGUCAAAAGCAAGAAAAAUUAUUGGAACUUGAUCAGUUAUUAAAUAAUUUUAACAAAAGUCUUUCACAAGUUAUAGAAGUAAACAAUCAACUUAAAAAUACAUUAGAUAAAUCACAAAAUAUGUUGAGUCCGAAUUCAAAAAGGAGCUUGAAUCAUAAUCUGAAUGAAAUUCCAGUAUUAUCUAAACCAUCUGCGACUAGUUUUACCACAGGAGGCGAUUACACUUCUGAUUUUGAAGAUGAUGCUUCCAAUACUACAUUAAAAUCUGUUCAACUAAAACAAAAUUUUAAAAAUCUAAAUAACAAAUCAAUAUCUGAAGGUAAUAUUACAUAUGAAGAAAUAAAACCAACAAAACUAGAGAAAAGAAGUGCUAAAUCAGAAGAGUCGUCAAAGCAAAAUGUACAUGCUGUAGAAUUAAAUCCAAAAAGUAAAUUUGAAGUAACAAUCGAGCAGUCUUUAAAAUCGGACAAUAAUGUACAAAAUAUAACGGAAUCAACUAUUACAGAAGAUAUUUCUGAAAUUGCAAUUGAAGAAAGUGCUAAAAAUGAAAACAAUAAUAAAUCAGAAAAUUCAAUAAGAUCUGUUCAAGAUUUGCAUUCAAUGAAGGAUAGUAAAUUAAAAAAUAAUUCCGAAGAAAAAUUGAAAUAUCUCGAAAAUCAUAUAAAUACCACUCGUGGGAAUGACAGUGCUUUUAAUGAACUUCCUCUUAAUGGUGACAAUAUUAUAUGUACGAAUGUAAAAACUUCAGAAUCAGAGAAAAGUACUGCACCUCCAGUUUAUUCAAUUGAAAGAAAAUUUGAAAAGAAAACUCAAUAUUUAGAUUCAUCUAUUGGAAGUGAGUUUAUAGCCGUCUAUAAUAAGUCUGAUGUUGAAAUUUCAAUGUUCCUACAAGAUGACAGUAGAAGUGUGGCAAGUGAAGCAACAUUAAAUUAUUCUAGCAUAGGAAUGUAUGAACAACUGCUUCAAGCAGAAAACUUAAAAUCAGAACAAUUAACAGCGUUGUUAAAAAUGCGAGAAAAAGUAUUAAUAGAUAGAACAAAGGGCCAAAUAGCUUGGUUAGAAAUUCAAAAAGAAAAAUAUAAAUCAAAGGGUUUAUCAGAACGGAUAACAAUGAUUAAAAAGAAGCAAAGGGCUAUUCUCAUGAAAAUGGAAAAGGAACGAGAAGAAAUCAAAAGGUUAAUGAAUACUCAAGGAAAUAUAUCAAGUAAUAGUUCUGCCAGAAUUAAAAGUCAUCAUCAAUCUUCUACUUUUUUGAAAACAUAUAGACCAAAAUUAUCUGAUAGUAUAUCUAAUGUAACAAUAAGAAAAGGAUUCGCAACAACAAUAAGUAAAAGUCAAACUGGAAGUGCUAAAAUUGUUCGUGGAUUUGACAUAGGUGGAAGUGAAAAUUUAGAGAAAAUAUUACGAAAACGUGAGGAGGAAUUAAAAAAUCGACGUCAACAUGUUGAGCAUUUAAUGGCAUGGCAUCAACGUCUUGAUAAAGAAGAGCAAGAAGUAUUCCAAUUAGAACAAAUGUUAUUGGAAUGUAAUAAAAAUAAUUGGCAAAUAUUAUCGCCACAUGGUGUAGAUAUCUUAAAACCAAUUGCUUCUGAAAUAGAAUUAAAAAAAGAAAAAAAAAUUGCCGAAAUUGAAAAAAGUCUUAAAGAAUUGCAAAAUAUUUCUGUUUGCAGUAAAGAAAAUCAAAAUGUCAUAGAUCAUGUACGUGUAUCUGGCCAUAAAUUAAAUAAGUUAUGGUCACGAUUAACUGGUCAAAAAUUAAAUAAAUUUGAAGCAAAUAAGAAAUAUAAAUUAACAAAAGAAGAUUUAGAAAGAUUUUAUGAAAGAGCUAAAGAUAAAGUAAUUGAGGAAUUUAAUCGGGAACAUAAUUUAAAUAAAUUAUUAGAACAAUCAUCGAACGAGAAAAUUUCUAAUACAGAUAUUAAUAGCGAUAAUAAUCGUAAUGAUAUUGAUUCAAUAUUAAUCCAUAGUAUUGAAAUUCCAAGUUUACAUUUAAAUUUAAGUUCUGAAUCAGAUACUCAGCGUUCUCUUAAUUCUACAUCUAUUCAAAAUAUUCAAAAUUAUGUAGAAACGGAAGUAAAUGAAUACAAAUUAGAUAUUACGAGACUCGAUAUAACUGCUAUAGAACAAACAGAAAUUGUAACAGUUUCAAGUGAAGCGUUACUUAAUCAUCAAAAAAUAAUUUUAUCGCAUGAAUUACCUGAGGAACUUCCUGAAAAAAUUGAAAAUUUAAAUAAACUGGAGAAUUUGCAAAGCCAAAAAAAUGAAAAUACAUUAAAUAAUCAUAAAACUAUGUCAGAAAAUUCUAGCUCUGAUAUUAGAACAAACAUAUCUGAAAAAAUGGAGCAGUUAUUUAAUCAAAAGCAGUAUACUGAACGAAGUUUGAGCAAUAUAUUAGACGAAACUUAUAUCUUGAAAAAUAGUUCACCAGAAAUACAAAGCUCCAUAGAUGAACAAGUGCCUUCUAAAAGUAGUAUUACAGAAUUAAAUGAAAUUUCAGGAGAAAUAAAAAGUUCUCAACUUUCAUCAGAAACAAUUCAUUCCGAAAUUAAUCGGCCAAGUGUUAUUGUAUCAUUAACACAAAAGCUCAAUGUCAACGAAACCAAAUCUGGAUCAAAACCAGUGGAAACAUCUUCAAUAAUAACAAAAUUGGAGUCAGAGAAUAAAUAUACACAAAUUUUUGAAUCUGAUUCGUCUUCUAAAGUUUUAAAAAAUAAAACACAAUCACCAGAUCAAUCAAUUGAAAUUGCCAGUGUUUCAACAAAUAAUUCCACCAAACCACCGUCAUCGGUUUCAUUAAAUGAAUUCAAUAGUCCUCAAACAAAUUCGUCCACAACAAUUGAAUUGAUUUCACCUUCAAUUGAUAGGCAAACGGUCAUAUCAAAAACACCAACUAUUGAAGAAAAACAAACUGUAGAAAAUUCACAUGUAGAGAAGAGUUUGGACAAAAGUUAUGAAAAUAGUUAUGAAUAUGAAAAUGAUUUUUCAGGAUCUGAUUUUACAAUUUUAGAAGAUAUAUCAAUGCCAAAAUUUGAAACAACAAUGGACACGACUAGAGAGAGUUUCAUAACAAAAGAUUUAAAUUAUGCAAAUAAUAUGGAAAUCAAUAAUUCCAAUAUAAAUGACCAUCAUAUAGAAAGUUCUAAUAAUACCACAGAAUUAGAGAAACGGUUAAUUGAUUUAGAUGAUAGUUUAAAAGGUUUAAAUAGCACAAUAGAAAAAGUUUUAAGCCCAGAAGGAGCAGCGAAUUCCAAAAAAGGAACACCAAGUUCGAGUAGUGGCUCCACAACAAUUUCGCCUGUUUCGGUUACAAUAGCAGCGGCGAGCAUUGCUACAACUAAAAGUCAAUCUACUCUGCUAAAUACGGUAUCACAACAUCAAAAUAAUACUCUUUCAACAAUUAUUUCAAAUAAUCCAAAUGACUAUGAUAAAAUUACAUUAAUGCCAGAUAUAAUUAGUGAAGUUGAAAUUCGCAGAAGGCAAAAAAUAUUAAUUGAGAGUGAGAUUAAACAAUUGGAACAUGCUAUGCCAUAUGUUGUUUUCCGUGAAAUUCCCAAUAAACCGCCUCCACCUUAUGUACCUCCGGCACAUGGAAGUCCAAUGACAACAAUAUUUCCACCUGAGUCAAGAAUCAAAGAGAUUACAUUUAGAAGAACUGCUGAAUUAUUUGAAGAAAUCUCUAAAAAAACUGAUAAAAAUUCUGAGAAACAAAAUUCUAAGGAAUCAAUUUUAAAUGAAAACAUUACUAAUAUAUAUGAAAGAAUUAUUCUUGAUAUAUGUAAAGAAUGCAUGCAAGAAUAUGAAGAAAUAUUAAAUGAUUUAAAUCCUGAGUCAUACAAAAAUCCUCUAGCACUAUACAAUCCACCAGAUAGAUUAAAUUGCAUGCAAGAGUUUAUAUAUAGUCGUGUUAGAAAAUUAUUGGCAAUGGAAAAAAAAUGUCAAAGAAAGAGUUCAAUAUUUUCAAUUGGAAGGAAAAAACGUGAUCAUAUUGAUGAAAUCUUAAUACAAGAACUAUUUGAAGAAGAAUAUAAAUGGACAAAUUUUGAUCAAGAAGAGGAUGAAGUUAAAAUUACAAUUGUAGAUGAAAUACUAAAUGGUGUCAUUAAGGAUGUUGUUAUUGAAGCAGUUAACAGAAAUAAAAACAUCGAUGUCACUGAUGCAACGAAAUUAGAUUUAAAUAAUAAAAAUAACGUACAAAAUGAGAACAAAAGUCUUAAAGAUGCCUAAAUGAAUAUGUACUUAAACUUUUUACAUUUAAUUUUUAAUUUUUUUUUAGAAUUAUUGUUACGCUUAAGUUUUUUUUUUUAUCGCUGAUUAACUUUUUCCUUAAAAUUUUAAUUUUUAUAAAUUUUCUAUGUAAUAGUUUAGAAAAGAAGUGCUUUAA